CGUGCUGCCAGUGGUUGGACUCGGAGAUGUGAUAUGCAACCAGCAUGGCUAGCUCUUCAUUCCGGUUGUCGCAACUGGCGAUUCCUUCAGUUUGCAUCUUAAUUAGCUUCCUCGCAUACAGCUCGCAGUAUUUCUUUCUGUACUUCGAGCCAGCUCCGCUCAGGGACACCGAGCUAUGGCGCCUCAACAUCUUUGCCCUGUGCAUCUGGAUAUGUUAUUAUCGAACUUGCACUGUAGAUCCUGGUCGCAUUUCCAAAGAUUGGAAGCCAUUAGACAGUAAGCAACUCGAAGCCGACCGUGCUAGUGGUCGUCAACGAUGGUGCCGUAAAUGUGAGGCAUACAAGCCGCCAAGAGCCCACCAUUGUCGGACGUGCCAAAGAUGCAUCCCAAAGAUGGACCAUCAUUGCCCAUGGACCUCUAACUGUGUCUCGCACUUCACGUUCCCUCACUUCGUGCGUUUCCUGUUCUACGCCGUAACAGGAAUGUCUUAUCUCGAAACCCUUCUCUAUGAAAGAGCGUCAAUAAUUUGGGCUUCCCGGAAUCGUCCGAGCUACUUAGGCCCUAGUGCGCUGCAGAUGGGCCAUCUAUUUGUUCUCCUCGUAGUGAACAGCUUUACGGUCUUCUUUCUCAUGAUCCUCCUCGGUCGGACCAUCUGGUCUAUGAGCAUCAAUACGACGACCAUCGAAGAAUGGGAAAUUGAACGACAUCAAACGCUGGUUCGUCGGUCUCGUCACUUCGGUGGGUAUUUGACUGGACCAGGUGGCGUCAGGAUCCGAAUAAAAAAGCAAGAGUUUCCGUAUGAUAUCGGAAUCUGGUCCAACAUCAAGGCUGGAAUGGGUGGAACUGCAAAUGUUCUGAGCUGGUUUUGGCCGCUGGCCAGAACUCCUGAUCGUCGGACAGGAUUAGAGUUCGAAGUUAACGACUUUGAAGAUCCUAAUGUUACCUGGCCACCUCCCGACCCAGACAGAAUCCCGGUUACAGCCAGAACAGCCAUAGAUGAUGUCGAGCCCCAGACUCCAGCAAUUUACGGAAGGACCACUGAUAGCCCCAGUGGGGCGCCGAGAGCUAGCCAGGAAAUCAGACGUCGUAAGCGCUUCCAUGAUCGGGCCCAAGAAGAAAUAUAUCAGAGCGGCUCCUCUCGGGAAUCUUCGCCGGGUUAUAGUACUGAGCCCGAAGAUGGCGAGGAAGGAUGGAAGAACUCUGAGGGCGAGCGACUACGUGACUUUGGGGUCGAAGAGGACGUCGAAUUCUACGACGAGGAAGACAUCCCACUCGCCAUUCUGAUGCAACAAAAAGCACAACAACAAUAAACAUUCUUCCAUUCUCGAUCAUAAACAUGAUUACGAACACAGAACUUAAUGUUCAAAAGCUAUAAUCAUUAGCACUAGCCCUC